AUGUUUAACAAAAAGAAACAUUCACACAAUUUCUCUCUCUUUCUAUUUUUCUCUCUCUCUCUCUCUCUCUCUCUCUCUCUCUCUCUCUCUCUCUCUCACUCUCUCUCUCCCCUUUCUGGUCUCUCUUCUUUAUAUUUCCUUUUAUCUCUCACUCUUUUACUCUUCUUAUUCACUCCUUACACUCCCAUUACUCUCCUUUGCAAUCCAUCACCAUCCCCUGACAACACUCUAUAUAACCCUUUUUUCCAUCCUCAUCCCAACACAAGGGGCAACGCACAAAGUCGAUUGACAGGAGCAAAAAACUCAAUUGAUGAGUGCGUGGGUGUAGGUGACAUUUGGGAAUACUUGUUGGAUCUAUCUAUCUAUCUAUUACAAUCUGUCCCUAUCUAUCUAUCUAUCUAUCUAUCUAUCUAUCUAUCUAUCUGUCCCUAUCUAUCUAUCUAUCUAUCUAUCUAUCUAUCUAUCUUAAUAGGUGUCAACAGAGAGUGA